UUACGUUCGCUACGAAAUGUAACAAGAUGGCGACGAAUUGAUGACCCGCCGAGUACGUGAACGUCUGUCUUGCUUGUGUGACCACUGAUAAUUUAUAAUAACUCGAUAGUUAAUUUAUUGCAUCUGAAAAUGGGUUCCUCCGAUUUGGAGUAUCUUGACGCAAAGCGCGAUGUGCACAGCUUCGAGGAUGAUUCUGACGUGGCAGAGCAGAGGAAAAAGAAAAAGAGGAAACACAAACAUCAUAAGCAUAAAAAGGAUAAAAUUGGGGAUAGGGAUAGAGAGGAGAGAAAAAAGCAUAAAAAACACAAGAAGCCUCGAAAAGAGCGCGAGCCAGAGAAUGGAACGACCGAAGAGAAAAUUCGUCCCGUCCCAAAAGACGUGCCCCCAGUGAAUGGCAAGCUAGAUCACGUAAUGGAGAUUCCCUCAACCGAGAGCGAGGACGAGAAACUCGUCGACCUGGACUCUGACGAGGUCGACUGUACGAUAAUCGAGGACGACAUCGACCUGGAGGAACUGAUGAAGCAGAAAGAGCGCCUGCAAGCCUGCCUAGUGCAGUACCUGUCAGACGAGUCAGACAAAACCGACAAGGAGCCAGAGCCCGAGGACUCCCUAAAACCCGAAACCCCAGACGUAAUAGUUGUCGAAGACGACAGUGCGGACGACAUAUCCCCCCGGAAGAAACGCUACAGGAGUAGAUCUGGGAGUCGAGAGCGCAAGAAGCUGAUUAAAACCGAGCGUCGAGUUGUCAUCGACAUGACACGCGACAGCAAAAAGUUGAAAGAGGAUCCCAAGGACAAAAAAUCCGAGAAAAAACGCGAGGAGAAGAGCCGUGCGAAGGAGGACCCCAAGAAGGACGAUCGAAAGCCUGAGAAAUCCAGUCGAAAGCAGCUUGACAGGGAGAAGCCAAAAGAAGAAGCCAGAAAGGACGAGCUUCGUAAGAAAACUGACGAAGAGAAACGAAAGGACUCGAGAAGAGAUUCUCCAAAAAAGCGAGAGGCUGAUCACUCCUCGAGAUCCAGGGAGACAAGGAGUGACCGAAGAUUCAGCAAAGAGAGAGACCGACGGAGUAGGGACAGGAGCUCUCGUGAUCGUCACAGUAGUCGAGACAAAAUUGACGGGAGGGAUGGACAUGCCUCUCGUGAUCGUCACAUGUCGAACAGAGACAGAGAGAGCAGCAGAGAUCGAAGAGACAGUAGAAAUCACGAGAGACCACGUGAGAGAUCCAGAAGUGCUCGAAGAUCGCGUUCACCACGUCACAGGGGCGAUCGUGACAGGAACGACAGAUGGCGGAGAUCUCGAUCUCGAUCGACAUCUCGAGGUCGACGGGAUAACCGACAUGGGAGGGACGACAGGGACAGAGAGAAGAACGGAAAACGCGAGAGGAGUGAUAAAUACAAGGAUUCGCUGUCAGAGGGCCUCAAAAUCGAUAAAUCAGAGAGCUCCAGUGAGGAGGAGAUCAAGGACAUUGACAUCGAGGAGGAGGAGGACGAGGAGGCAAUCAUCGAGCGAAGGAGAAAGCAGAGGGAGGAGUUACUGAAGAGACUGGGGGGACCACCUGAGGACUCGAAUCUCUCUGCUGACAUGAGCAUCACUGCCACGUCUCCUGUCACCGUCCAAUCAAACUCAUCUCCCAAGUCUGUCGAAGUGGUGACGAAUAACAACGAAUCGACCUCUGAGAGUCACACACCUCCGUUGCCCAGGGAGAAAUCACCGCAGGCUGUGAAGAGACGAAAGUCCAGGUUCGAUGAUGCUCCGGAGAAUAAAGAGAAUAAGAAGGUGGAGGAGAAAGAGGGUGAGGAGAAGAACAGUGGGAAGGAGGAAAAGACCAACUCUAAGAAGGCCAAUGAGUGGGAUAUGUUUGCUGAAGCUGAUAAUAUCGCGGACUUUAAUAGCCCCACGGUAGAGGGAAAGAGACCUGGGGGACCGGACAACCCGAGCUUAACUGAUAACUGGGACGAUGCUGAGGGCUAUUAUAGGGUCAGAGUUGGGGAGACACUUGACUCGCGGUAUGUGGUUUAUGGGUACACUGGACAGGGGGUGUUUAGUAAUGUUGUCAGGGCUAGGGACACUGCCAGGGGGAACAUGGAUGUUGCUGUGAAAAUUAUUAGAAACAACGAAAUCAUGCACAGGACGGGACUGAAGGAAUUGGAAGUCCUCAGGAAACUCAACGACGCUGACCCAGAGGAUCGUUUCCAUUGCUUGCGUCUAUUUAGACACUUUUUCCAUAAGAAUCACUUGUGUAUGGUGUUCGAACCACUGGCGAUGAAUUUGAGAGAGGUUCUUAAAAAAUAUGGAAAGGACGUUGGACUGCACGUGAAAGCCGUACGUUCGUACACUCAACAACUGUUUUUGGCAUUGAAACUGCUGAAACGUGCUAAUAUUCUUCAUGGUGAUAUUAAACCCGAUAAUAUUCUAGUCAGCGAGACAAAGCUCGUACUGAAGCUUUGUGAUUUUGGAUCAGCCUCUCAUGCACACGAGAACGAGGUCACACCAUACCUUGUCUCCAGGUUCUACCGUGCUCCAGAGAUUAUUCUUGGUAUCCCUUAUGAUUUUGGAAUUGACAUGUGGUCAGUGGGCUGCACCAUCUACGAGCUCUACACCGGAAAAAUCAUGUUCUCAGGCAAGACAAACAAUCAAAUGUUGAAAUUUUUCAUGGAUCUCAAAGGAAAAAUGCCCAACAAAUUGAUAAGAAAGGGAACAUUCAAGGAGCAGCAUUUCGAUUCAAACUGCAAUUUCCUUUAUCACGAAGUCGAUAAGGUGACAGAGCGGGAAAAAGUGGUGGUGAUGUCGACACUGCCAGCGAGUCGUGAUCUCGGCGCAGAACUGGGAGGCAAUUCACUGCCGGCUGAGCAGAAUCGAAAAGUUGGUCAACUGAAGGAUCUACUGGAGCGCACGUUAAUGCUGGACGCUGGAAAGAGAAUAACAGUCAACCAUGCACUGGCCCAUCCAUUUAUACAAGAAAAAAUCUAGGUAACCCCUAGUGCCCGAGGAAGCUAUCGUGCACGGAGAGUUAUCUCAGUGGGAUUAAUAACGUAAUUCUUUAAUGUUGAAUUUCGAAACAUUUUUAAUGUUGAAUUUUCUAUUUUAAAAUUGAAUUGAAUUGAAUAUUUCACGCAAGAGAAGUCACUUAUUCUUUUGGAAACAAAAAAAUAUGAUUAAUUUACUCGAAUCUACCUCGAGGAUUCAUCAAUAUUUUAAAUAAUUAUUUUAGUUAUAAAUUGAAUUGCAAAUUGAAUUGAAUUCCGUUUUCUCCUGCUCUCGGAAUUUCCCGUAUUCUAGUUAAUCAAUUAAUUUGGGAUGAAAAUAAAUCAAUUGAGCAUAAUCAUGGAUAUAACUACUACAAUAUAUAUGAGAUAUAUAUACCCAUAAAAGGAAAAUGUUUUCUUUCCAUCACUACCAGAGAUCGCGAUUUUUCACAUUAAUUAUAUUAAUUGUUCAAUGGAUUUUUGUUUUCUUAUAAUUUAUGGGACUGCUUCAUGCUCCAGCUGAUCCUUAUGAUUUCUCCCUUCAACUAUCAUUUUGAGAGAAAGAGUUUAAGUGUUCGAGAAUUGUUGAUGAUUACUACGUUCAUAAGAAAACAAAAAGGAAAAAAAAAUAAUUAUCACACUGAAUACACACGCGUUUACACAAUCGUAAGAAGAGGAAGAGAGAAAGAGUAUAAAACGCUACAUGACUCAUUUUAUCACCUAAAAACCACAUGGCAUGCGGACGACAAACCACAAUAGACAGUUAAAUGGAAAAUCGAUAAAGAAAUUAGUGUACUAACAUUUGGAGAGGAAGGAACGAAAAAUUGUAUAGUAAUUAGGCUUGUAGUUGAAAUAAAACGCUUGAAUGAUUGAUAA